CCGAAAACCCCGCAAGAGGUAGCCAAGGCGAUCAAGGACAGCCUCAUGGCACUCGACACCAAAACCGUUGUUGAAGUUAAAGCCCUUGAAAAGAAAAUCCAUUGCCCUUUGAGCUACGGCAAUGGAGUUAGCUUUCCCAUCUAAGUCCACUUCAAGAUUUGAAUCUGAGACCUCCAAGUUGAAUGUUUCCAGUUCUAAACCUAGGGGAUAAAGAAGGCAAUGCUUGCUUGGUUUCUAUGCCUGCCAAUGUUUGCUCAUGGGAUCAACACCAUUUUAGCCUACUUUUCAGUACAUGUUAGACAGAAAGAUGUUUGGUUGCGGAUGGAUGAUUUUUGUUUUAGCAACAAGCAAAUGUUGGGGUUUUAUUUUAUUGCAGGGUUUAUGUUCAGAAAUGAAAUCAAGAACGGACUGCCGAGGCAUUCAAGCUAUGGAAGAAGUUGAAAAGAAUUUUGUGACAAUGAGAUGCAUGCUUUCUGGAGAUGGGGAGGUUGAACCGAAUGUGGAUCAAGUCUUACAGCUGGCACUUGAAAUUUCGAAAGAGGGUGUUCUUUCUCUUGUUAUUCACAAAUUACCCAUACUGGGAUGGGAAGCAAGAAAGGAUUUGGUACACUGUUGGUCCAUAUUGUUGAAGCAAAAAGUUGACUCCACAUAUUGCUGUGUGGAGUACAUUGAGAACCAUUUGGAGUUACUAGACUUUCUUGUAGUUUGCUAUGAUAACAAGGAAAUUGCUUUAAGUUGCGGAAAUAUGUUGAGGGAGUGCAUCAAAUUUCCAACACUUGCACAAUACAUAUUAAAGUCUGCUAGCUUUGUAUUGUUCUUCAAAUUUGUGGAGUUGCCCAACUUUGAUGUUGCUUCUGAUGCAUUUUCAACAUUUAAGGAUCUGCUUACAAAACAUGGAACAUUGGUAUCUGAAUAUUUGACUGCUCAUUAUGAUGAGUUCUUUGAUCUGUACGAAAAACUCUUGACAUCUUCUAAUUAUGUGACAAGAAGGCAAUCUUUAAAGCUUCUAUCGGAAUUUCUUUUGGAGCCUCCAAAUUCCCAUAUAAUGAAGCGCUACAUUUUAGAAGUUCGGUAUUUGAAAAUCAUGAUGACAUUGCUAAAGGAUGCAAGCAAAAACAUUCAGAUUUCUGCUUUCCAUAUCUUCAAGGUUUUUGUUGCUAAUCCUAACAAACCAAGAGAAGUAAAGAUUAUUCUGGCCAAAAACCAUGAGAAAUUGCUGGAUUUGCUUCACAAUCUCUCAGGAAAAGGUGCUGAAGAUGAGCAAUUUGAAGAGGAAAAGGAACUAAUUAUCAAGGAAAUUGAAAGAGUAUCCAGGUUGCCAAUUCUUGAUCGCUAGGUACCUUCUCGUUGAUAUCUAUUCUAUUAAGUGCUAAUUCUGAGUGAUGAUCUUCCAUGGUGUGGAAACUGUCUGCCAAGGAUAGAAAGUUGCAUUUAAGGAUUAUCUGAGCCCCUGGUUUUAGAGGAUAUAUGAGAAAUUGUAAGCCCUUGUAAUAUCUUGUUAGAAGCAUCUCUGGAAAGUAUGGUAUUGUUGUACAAGGUGUGAAGAAAAAAUAACUAGAUUUGACUUCUAAGUGGCCAAAAAGGGUGAUUGUAUGAGCAUCUGCCCACUCAUUGUGCUUUAGUAUAAUACCAUGUAAGUGUUGUAUGACCCGGGUGUGUAGCAUAAUUGAAGCAUUUUUCCCCUUAGCAAGUAAAGGUUUGGUUUGUUAGUUCUUUGUCAUGGAAUCCUGUGAACAUUCUUCAGUGAUUGAGUAAUAUGAUGGAAUUUGCUGUAUUAUUGGUA